GCUUGCGAUCCGCCAUAAUAGAAAAGAAGAAGAACAACAACAACAACUCUCAGCUGUUUCCUGCGUGUUUGUUCCACGCGAGAAAUGGGGGGCAGAGAAUGUUGCGUGAUUAGCUGUGGGAGCAGCUCCCACGACCACCAGGGCAGGAUGUUCCUGAACGGCCUGAGCUUCCACUGCUUCCCUGCGUGGAGAACGAAGGAAGGCGACUUUAUAUCGGAGCUAACGAGGCGGCGGAGAGACGCGUGGGUGACCGCCGUGGGCCGCAGAGAAAUCACCUUCGACCGCAUCCCGUCCUCCAUGAGAGUCUGCUCCAGACACUUUCUGUCUGGAAAACCAGCGUAUGAGAUGCUGGACUCGGAUCCAGACUGGGUGCCGUCUCUACACCUGGGUCAUGAUGGUGAUGAUGAAUAUGAAGAAAAGUCCUGGAAUAAAAGAAGAAGGUUGUCUUAUGAUGAGAAACCAGUAGAAGGAGCAGAUGGUGCUGCUGAAGCCAGGAAGCCUCCUCCGCCUGCGUGGAAAGAAGUGAAAUCUGCCCUGCAGUCUCUUCUGGAGGGUAAAACCAUCAUCAGUCAGCAGCAGGGAGACGAUCAGCAGAACCAAGGCGCUGAAACGAGGACCGACUCCAGCUUCCGGGACUUCUUCAGGAACGCUCUGGAGUCGUCUCUGGAGGCCUCCAUCCAGGCCAGAGCUCGCUCUAAGAGUCGGCCGCCGUCCACAGAGUACGAAGUGGAGCUGAACGUCAAGCUUCCAUCUUCUCCAGGAGAACCGUCCGCUCUGGAAGAGCCAUCCUCUUCACAGCUAUCUUUUUCACAGCCAUCUUUUUUACAGCCGUCUUUUUCACAACCAUCCUCUUCAUCGUCGUGUGCGAACUGCUCCACGAUGCUGCAGAGGAUUCGAGAGCUGGAGCAGAAGCUGUUUGAAGUCGCCAGCAGACAUAAGUUCAAAGUCCUGAACAGACCCAAGCAAAUGAUCACAGAGGAGACCAGACCCUCUGGGGAAGAGGGUGAGUCGACGGCUCACGUUGGACCAGUUCAAGCCACUCCUUCCACGUCCCGCCCUCCUCGUCCUCCUCAGCGCCGCCGCCACUGCUUCAGGAAGGAGUGGGUCAAGAUCUUCCCGUUCCUCCGGUACUCUCCAAGCCUCAACAUCAUGUGGUGCCACGUGUGCCGCGUUCACGCGGACUCGUUCUGCCAGAACCAUCGUCUGAUCAAAGGCUCCAAUCAUUUCACCAAGUCCAGCAUCAGGAAGCACACCAACUCCGCCUACCACCAGCAGAACAUGCAGCGCUUCCUGUGGAGCAGCCACACGCCGCUCGAGGAGCCGUCGGGUCCGUCAGAUCCACCCGCUGAGCCACAAUCAUAACGAAGAAGCAAAAACAAAGGCUCCGGAAAAGUUUUUACUGAAUAAGCUCAACAGCAUAAUAGACAAAGCGUUAAAAAUAGAUCCUACUGUUGGUUUGCAGUUGUUGUGUGGUACAUUGGUGAAUGUUUUUCCUGUCAGAUCAGAACCUUUUUGAGGCCUGAAACAUCUGUGCAAAGUACCGAAACAACAUGGUACUUUGCACAGAUCGAUUCCAUCGAUUCGCUUCUUUCUGAUCUUCCUGGUGACUCUACAACUUCUGAACGAGAGAAACUGGAGCUGAGUGGUUUUUGAGGACUAAAGUUUUGGAAAAUACGUUUGUGUUUUUUCACCACACACUCCUUUGUUUACAUAUUCUAGAGUGAUGUCAGCGGACCUAGAGCCGCCAUCUUGUUUGCGGAGCGUGUUCUGCUGCUCUGUAUUUAUUUGGACGUUGAAUUCAGGUCAACUUUACAAGAGAAUAUUAGUAUGAGGCUAAGUUUAUUUUUGUUUAAAGUAUAAUAAUGCCAUAAUAUUAUAGGAUUCCCAUUUUUUUGAGUAACGUCAGCGCACCAAGAGCCGCCAUCUUGUUUGUUAAAUGUUACAGCUUCUCUUGAUUUCAGGUCAAAUACGUCGAAAUAUUUUAGGUCAGGCUAUGAUAUUUUUAUUUUAGUUAUGAGAAUAAAUAUUACAAAAAUACAGUCAAAAUAAUACAAAAAUAUCAUACUACCAUAAUAAAGUUGUAAUUUUAUGAGAACUCCAACACGAUAAAUAAGUUAAAAUGGCGAAUGUUGAGUAGCUUGAGAAGCUACACUUUAGCAUCAGUUUUGCAAAUAAGAACAAAGGCAGUCUUAGCCUGCCUGGCGCCCCCCAAGAUGUCGCCCGUAUCAGAAACCUCAACCGGAUAAGAUAAUACUUCACCUUUUAACACAUCAGCGCCAAAUUAUUGGGACUUUGAAAUGAUUGAGCAAUGACUAAGUCUAAGAAAGAAUAACAAACUGGAUUGGUCACGUCUGAUAACUAAGCUAAUUUUUAUCAUUUUAAGAAUUUAUUUGUGAUAAACUUGUCUUUUUCUGCUAAUACUGUGAAUAUAUUAUUAUUAAACAAAAUCUCUUGUAGAUGGCCCUGAUGUCCGUAGUACCACUCCAAGAAGAAAAGAUAUUUUCUAUCAUUUUUAAGUUUUUUUUCUUCUUUCUAGAAAAGAAAGCGGUCAAUAAAAAACAUCGAGUGAAAUCGGAUCUGGUAUGAAAAAAUGUGGAGAUACUAUUUUUAAACCUAGAAACAUUCCUGAAAUCGAUCAAAUCAACUUUUGAAACGUCACCAACUCUGGGUCAGUUACCAUGGUAACAAACCCCGAUAACAGCCGAAGCAGGUUGUUACGAUACUACUGACCAGGUCGUUGUGUUAGCCGGGAAGCUAAAGCACUCAACUCGCACAUAAUUGGAUCCAUGGAAACGUCUAUUUUGGUUAAAUCAAUGGAGACUAAAAGAACCAAAAUCCAAAAGGGAAAACAAAUGGUUCCGAUUGGAGCCGUCUGUGUUAAGAGCUAGUAAAGCUAACUUCCGGUUCUCACAAUGAUGGCUGCUGCUGCCGUUUUUCACUCGGGUGUUUCUCACUUCCUGUUAUGAUCCUGGAUUAGUAGAAUCUGUGAGCUGCUGCAGUUUUGGUGAGAAAGUUCAUAUUUUCUGACUAAAUCUGUGAAAUACGGAAGCAUUCAACUGUCAAAGCUUAGAAAUAAAUUCUGGAGCACUAAGAAUAAGAAAGGUGGUAACAGUAAAACAGAAAUGCCUCUUGUGACUUUUUUUAACAUGUAUAAUAAAUUUUGCAUUUCGUUUGGAGAUACUUCACCUGGAUUUAUUUCCAAGCUCUGGCAGUUAAAACCAUUAAGCUGUGAAUUUAUGACACUAAACCUUUUAUUUUAUUUUAAAAGUGCAUUAAAGAAAGACAUUAAUGGAGUUGA